UUAGUACCCAACCGACCGUCGCCUCGAUUCAUUCACGGAAUAAACAGCGAACAGAAACGAACGAAUCGAACGGAGACGGCCGCGCGCUGCUCCAGUUGCUGACGAGUGUGCAACGUGUGAAAGUAUUGGAACAAAAUAUUGAGAAAAUAAAGCACAACUUUAGCAAAAAAGGAAACGACCUGCCCAAAACGCAACGCAAUCAAGUGCGGUUUUUGAUGAAAUUUCAACCGUUUGAACUCAUUGCAGUCACUUUUAUAAUAAGAAAAAGGGUGAAAUUCCAGUAGGAUUUGGUUUUUGGUGAAAAUUUUGUGUUUUUUUUUUCCUAUUAGUGCCGUGUGUUCCAAGCAAGAUGGUUGUGCUAGCCAGUACGAAACAUCUGUCGACGACAGCGAGCAGCAGCACCACCUACCGGCACAAGAGCACUACCAUCAAGCGGCACUAUCGUGAUUCCUCCUACCGCGUGAUGGGUGGGUUCGAGCAGCGCCCCUGGACGCCGACGAAGCGGCGGGGACCGAUCGCGGCGGAGCACCGUGGCCCAGGGCCACAGUAUCUGCUACCACAACUGCUCGGUACGAAAGUGGUAGACUCGAAACGGCAAGCCGCACCCGCCUACAGCUUCGGCCAGCGACACAAACCCCGCACGGAGUCGUUCAGCCCGGGCCCGCUGUACAACAUCACCGGGCUCGGGUGCAAAGGGAAGGAUGCACCGCCGGCCUACUGCUUGCAGAGCCGCCCGAAAGAGAUACCGAAGUAUCUAACGCCGGCGCCGGGCGAGUACAACAUCGAGAAGGCGGACAAAAUGCUGGUCAAAUCGGCACCGAAGUACACGUUCGGCGUGAAGAAACCGCCCAACCCGACCAGCCAAACACCAGCUCCCGGAGACUACAAACCCGAACGUGUAGCAUUAGAUAGCACCCCGAAGUUUUCCUUUGGCAUCAAAACCGAGAGCAAAAUCCGCAACGAUACACCGGCACCCGGUACCUACUCACCGGAAAAAGUAUUGAAAGACAAAUCACCCAAAUAUAGCUUCGGAUUGAAAGUUAUACCGGAAAAGAUUGAAGAAACGCCGGCUCCCGGAGCGUACCAGCCGGAAAAGGCACUCGCGCUGGAUAAGAAACCGGCGUACAGUUUCGGCCUGAAGACGAUCGUCGAGAAGCCGAACAACACGCCCGCCCCUGGUGCAUACGAGCCGGAGAAAGUGAAGCUAAACGCAACCCCUGCGUACAGCUUCGGCAUUCGGCCCGCGAUCGAGAAACCCAACUCCAAUCCUGCACCGGGCGCUUACGAGCCGGAAAAGGCGAAGAAGCUGAUCGAUCACUCACCCGCAUUUGCAUUCGGCAUGCGUAUCAACCAUGACAAGCCAAACAAUACGCCCGGCCCGUCCGCCUACCAGGUGGAGAAGGUGAACCUGGACCAUCAGCCGGCGUACAGCUUCGGCAUGCGCACGAAGGUGGCGAAGCCGAAUGUGACGCCGGCGCCCGGCGCCUACUGCCCGGAGAAGGCAAACCUAGACUCAACGCCGAAGUACAGCUUUGGCAUCCGACCGACAAUCGAUAAGCCGGACAACGUACCCGCGCCCGGUGCUUACUCUCCCGAGAAGGCCAAAGUAGAUAGUAGCCCUGCGUACAGCUUCGGCGUGCGCGCCAAGCAAGAGAAACCAAGUGCCAAUCCUGGUCCGGGAGCUUACGACGCAGACAAGGUGGAUGGGAAGUCACCGGCGUACUCGUUUGGGCUGCGACCGGACGUCGCUAAACCGAACCAAGUCCCGGGACCGGGAGCGUACAAUGCGGAUCGCGUUGAUCAUGCAACGCCGGCGUACUCGUUCGGUGUGAAGGCCAACGUGCAGAAACCUAACCUUGUGCCCGGUCCGGGUGCAUACGAUGCCGAUAAAGUGCACGACAAAUCAUCUCCGGCCUAUUCCUUCGGUGUGAAGGGCAACGCUGAAAAGCCUAACGCUAUUCCUGGCCCUGGAGCCUACGAUGCGGAUAAAGUUAUUGAUAAGUCCGCGCCGGCAUACUCUUUCGGCGCAAGGACGAAUGUGGACAAACCCAGUGUUGUUCCAGGACCGGGAGCGUACGAUUCCGACAAGGUGAACGACAAGUCGUCUCCAGCCUAUUCGUUUGGAGUUAAGACAAACUUGGAGAAACCGAACGCAAUCCCUGGCCCUGGGGCGUACGAUGCAGAUAAAGUGCACGACAAAUCAACUCCAGCGUACUCGUUCGGAGUGAAGCACAUGCCGGACAAGCCCAAUGCUGUUCCCGGACCGGGUGCUUACGAUUCCGAUAAAGCGAACGACAAAUCAUCUCCAGCGUACUCGUUUGGAGUAAAGACGAAUUUGGAGAAACCCAGCGCCAUCCCGGGACCGGGAGCGUAUGACGCUGACAAAGUGAUUGACAAGUCUUCCCCAGCGUACUCAUUCGGUGUGAAGGCAAAUGUGGAAAAGCCUAACACUAUUCCCGGCCCUGGAGCGUACGAUGCGGAUAAAGUGAACGACAAAACCACUCCCGCGUACUCGUUCGGGGUGAAGCCUAACCUUGAGAAGCCGAACUCCAUUCCUGGACCCGGGGCGUACGAUGCCGAUAAAGUGAUUGAUAAGUCUUCCCCUGCAUACUCGUUCGGUGUGAAGACGAAUGUGGAAAAGCCUAAUGCUAUUCCUGGUCCUGGAGCGUACGAUGCGGACAAAGUGCACGACAAAUCGACUCCAGCGUAUUCCUUUGGAGUGAAGCCUAACCUUGAGAAGGCCAAUGCAAUUCCCGGACCAGGGGCAUACGAUGCUGAUAAAGUGCACGACAAGUCCUCGCCGGCAUAUUCUUUCGGCGUGAAGACGAACGUAGAGAAACCAAGCAUCAUUCCCGGACCGGGAGCGUACGAUGCGGACAAAGUGAUUGAUAAGUCGUCGCCCGCGUACUCGUUUGGAGUGAAAACGAACGUCGAAAAGCUCAGCAUCAUCCCGGGACCGGGAGCGUACGAUGCGGAUAAGGUGAUCGACAAGUCUUCGCCCGCGUACUCGUUCGGCGUUAAGCACAGCCUGGAGAAGCCUCACAUUGUUCCCGGACCGGGUGCGUACGAUGCGGACAAAGUGAUCGACAAGACAUCCUGCCCAGCGUACUCCUUCGGCAUUAAGACGAAUGUGGAAAAGCCCAGCAUCAUACCGGGCCCGGGAGCGUACGAUACGGAGAAGGUGCACGAUUCGCACACGCCGGCCUAUACCUUCGGUGUGAAGCCGCAGACGACGAAGGUAAACCCAACGCCGGCUCCGGGCGCAUACUCGCCGGAGAAGUACAUCAUCCACCAUCCGGCCUAUACGUUCGGUGUGAAGCCACACAUUGACAAGAUUGAUAUUAUUCCCGCCCCCGGAGCGUACAACCCGGAGGCGGUCAAGCUGGACAGUAGCCCGGCCUACACGUUCGGUGUGAAGCCUGUGAUCGAUAAGGUGGACAUGACACCUGCCCCGGGCACGUACUCGGUGGAAAAGGUAAAGCUGGACCAUUCGCCGGCGUAUCCGUUUGGAAUCAAGGUGAACCGUGAGAAGCCGAAUGAUGUGCCAGCACCCGGUUCCUACAACCCGGAUAAGGUGAAGCUUGAUCACUCACCAGCGUACACGUUUGGCAUCAAACAUAAGGGCGAAACGAUGAGAGAUACACCGGCACCAUCGGCCUAUCAACCGGAAAAGUGUAAAAACGACUGCUCUCCAGCGUACAGUUUUGGCGUGAAGGUAAAUCACGAAUCGAUCACUCACGACGGUCCAGUAGUGACGAGUGAUGAAGCGACAGCUGUAGCCGCCAUGAAAGCGAUGGUGAUCACAAACGGUGCCAGCUCGACGGUUGACAAUCGUAGCGAAAGCAAGAACGCCACCACCAGCUCCACCGUGGUACAGAACGGACAGGACGGCAGUACGUUCACGACCUUUACCACCACGAGAACAGCGGGCGGUUCGAUGAAGAUGGUCCGCGAACGAAAGACCACCACGGAGGAGCACUCAUCCGCCUCGGUGGAGGCGAUUGGCGAAGGACUCGUACCGAACUGCAUUGCCGGUGUGAAGCAGCUGGCCAAUGUGCAGCAUCAGCGCAUGGUGUGCACCGGUCACUUCCGGGCCUAGGGCCAAAGCACCCAUCCAUGUUGUAUCUCCCCAGGGAUGUCUACGGGCAUACUGUGGGCCCGAUCCUGUUACAGUAGUCGUGUGUCGUUUGCAUAUUUAGUUUGUAGUGCAGCCGUUGAUAGUGUUUUAAGGGCAAAGUUGCCUGUAGGUAGUUUGUGCUUUCGUUUGUUCCUAAUCGCUUUCUGUGCUACCCCGAGUUAUGUUUACGUGCAUCGUGGUACCGUCACCGGCAUCUUCCUGUGUUGGUCUAGUUCUCAAAAUACUCCCCCCCAUCCUACUGGCUUACUGUGUGGAGGAAACGUACCUCCAGGGGUCUUCAAUCUCAUGAUUUCCUCUAGAACUCCCAUGGUACAGUUUUAAGCUUCCCCAUUUCGUGACCCGUUUUGUUCCGACUCUUUCCAUCUUGCUUUGCCCGCUGGCCUGAACGGAAUAUGAUCAUCGGCGCCGCCAACAGCUCCAAACGAAUACCACAUCCCGAACGUGCUCGGUUCGAGCAAGGAAGGGCCGAUCCGUUCGGCGCCAGCCUACACAAUCACCGGGCGACAGAAGCAGACCCUUCCUGAGUGCAUUGGGUUCCCCGGUCCCGGUCACUACGAUGCGAAGAUCGAUCCGCUGGUAAGACGGGCGCCCAUGUUCUCGAUGGCCACUCGGUUCCGGCGACCGACGGACGAAGCGCUCAAGCCGGGCCCGGCGGCACACUAUCCGGAAAAGGUAGGCCACGUUUGUGUUUGGUGCCGCAGCAGGUCCUUGGUUUUAACUGUGCAACACUUUCUUUUUCCCUCCUACAAUGCGUUCCUCACGAAUGUAUGAUUUUGUUGUCUCAUUGUUCAUUAUGGUUUAAAUUACUGUUUUUUUUUGUUGGUUAUUUUGCCCCAGGUUUUGAAUCUGUUUCAAAAAGUACCUGCCUAUUCCUUUUCCAUUCGGCACUCCAACUAUGUGGCACAGAAAGCUCCCAAAUAUGUGAACAAUUUGAAAACAUGCUUUUGGACGUGAAGAAGACGCCAAGCUUUUCUAUACUUCUCUGUGAACAUUCAAUUAUAAUUGUCUCUUUUCUAUGUGUGGUAUUUUUGUCCAUGGUUCUGUUUUAAUCAUCUUCGAACGUGCUUCGACGACAUGAUGCUCCCCGGGGGGAUGAUGUGGGCCAUCAUCAUCAUCAUCAUCUCAUCCUUGCUGCAUCAUACUGCAUGCACAUUCCCAUCACGAUCGACAGAUUAACCUUGGCCACGUGCCGGCCUACAGCUUUGGCAUCAAGCACUCGGAAUACUUGGGCGAUUUUCCGGAACCACCCCGAUACCGCAACCAGCUGGUGAUUUAAGCGUGCACACACAAACUCCCCCAUUCUCCAAGCUUCUGUAACGCCAAUGUGUAACGUCCGUCCACUGUGAAAUGCACAAUGCAGAAUGCAACCUUGCCGUAACACUAAUCGCUCUGUGACACCGUUUUUGGUGCUCUUGCUCCAGCGGGUGAGAAGCCAACAACAGUUGCAAAAUGCCUUCCCGCGACAGAAAACAACAUACAGCAGCAACAACAACAACACACUAACGAAACCGCUGCCAGGCCGAACCAGUAGCGAUAGCAUUAUUAUAUAAAAAAACAAGCAUUAAAAUCGUUCGAUGUACUAUGACUAAUUUUUCAAGAAAGAAUGAAGAAAACGAGCAACACAAAAUGCAGCAAAUGU